GUUCUUGCUACGCGGCCGAGAAACAUGGGGCUACCCAGGCUCUUCUGCGCCUUCUUGCUUGCAUUCUGCUGCUGCAGUCGCCGCGCCGCGGGUGUUCCAGGAGAGGCGGAGCAGCCUGCCCCAGAGCUGCUAGAGGUGGAGGUGGGCAGCACCGCCCUCCUGAAGUGUCCAGUUCAUUCUCAGGGCAACCUCAGCCUUGACUGGUUCUCUGUUCACAAGGAGAAGCAAGCACUCAUUUACCGCGUGCGCCAGGGCCAGGGCCAGAGCGAACCCGGGGAAUACCAGGACCGGCUCAGCCUUCAUGGCAGGGGUGCCACCCUGGCCCUGGCACAUGUCACCCCACACGACGAACGCAGCGUUUUCCUGUGCAGGAGCAAACGUUCGCGUUCCCAGGAGCACCGCAUCCAGCUCCAGGUCUACAAAGCUCCGGAGGAGCCAAGCAUCCAGGUCAAUACAGUGGGCAUCUCCGUGAACAGUGAGGAGCCUGAGGAGAUUGCUACCUGUGUGGGGCGGAAUGGGUACCCAAUCCCACAAGUCACCUGGUACAAGAACCGGCAGCCCCUCAAGGAGGAGAAGAAUCGUGUCCACAUCCAGUCGUCCCAGAUUGUGGAGUCCAGCGGUUUAUACACCCUGCAUAGCAUUCUGAAGGCACAGCUGGUUAAGGAAGACAAAGAUUCCCAGUUUUACUGUGAGCUCAGCUACCGGCUGCCCAGUGGGAACCACAUGAAGGAAUCGAAGGAUGUCACCGUCCCUGUUUUCUACCCAGCAGAAAAAGUGUGGGUCGAAGUGACGCCCAUGGGGAUGCUGAAGGAAGGGGAUCGUGUGGAAAUCAGGUGUUUGGCAGAUGGCAACCCUCCACCCCACUUCAGUAUCAGCAAGCAGAACCACAGCACCAUGGAGAUGGAGGAAGAGAAGAGUGACCAAGAUGGCAUCCUAGUCUUGGAGCCGGCCCGGAAGGAGCACAGUGGGCUGUAUGAGUGCCAGGGCCUGGACUUUAAUAACAUGGGAUCAUUGAGUGACCAACAGGAGCUGCUGGUGAACUAUGUGUCAGAUGUCGAUGUGAGUCCCGCCACCCCCGAGCUCCAAGAGGGCAGCGACCUCACCUUGACCUGUAAAGCAGAGAGCAACCAGGCCCUCGAGUAUCACUGGCUGAGAGAAAAGACAGAGAAGGUGCUGGAAAAGGGGCCUGUGUUACACCUUCGUGACCUGAAACGGGAGGCAGCAGGUGGCUACUUCUGUGUGGCAUCUGUGCCCAGUGUCCCUGGCUUGAACCGCACACAGCUGGUCCAUGUGGCCGUUUAUGGGCCCCCAUGGAUGGCAUUCAAGGAGAGGAAGCUGGGGGUGAAGGAGAACGAGGUGAUGAACCUGACUUGUGAGGCAUCAGGCCAUCCUCAGCCCACCAUCUCCUGGAACAUCAAUGGCACUGUGCACAAACAAGACAAAGAUGCCCAGCAUGUCCUGAGCACUCUGAAUGUCCUUGUGACACCAGAGCUGGUGGAGAAAGGCGUGGAGUGUGUGGCCUCCAACUCCCUGGGCAGAAACACCACCCUCAUUUUCCUGGAACUGGUCAAUUUAACCACCCUCACUCCUGACUCCACCACCACCGCUGGCCUCAGCACCUCCACUCACCUCAGCACCUCCACUGCCAGUCCCCAUGCCAGAGCCAACAGUACCUCCACAGAGAAAAAGCUGAAAGAGCCUGAAAGCCAGGGUGUGGUCAUCGUAGCCGUGAUCGUGAGCAUCCUGGUGCUGGCCGUGCUGGGCGCUGUCCUCUACUUCUUCUACAAGAAGGGCAAGCUACCUUGUGGGCGGUCAGGCAAACAAGAGAUCACACUGCCCCCAUCGCGUAAGAGUGAAAUUGUAGUUGAAGUUAAGUCAGAUAAACUCCCUGAAGAGAUGGGCCUCCUACAGGGCAGCGGCGCUGACAAGAGGGCUCCCGGAGACCAGGGAGAGAAAUACAUCGAUCUGAGGCAUUAG